AGCCUUCUACAAUAUCAAUUUACAAACCAAGUUACUGGUGAACACCAAUCAAAAGCACAAUGCCUAAGGAAAAGAUUCACAUCAACAUCGUCGUCAUUGGCCAUGUCGACUCCGGCAAGUCAACAACCACUGGUCAUCUCAUCUACAAGUGUGGUGGGAUCGACAAGCGUGCCAUUGAGAAGUUCGAGAAGGAAGCCCAGGAGAUGGGAAAAGGUUCCUUCAAGUAUGCCUGGGUUUUGGACAAACUGAAGGCUGAGCGUGAACGUGGUAUCACCAUCGACAUUGCCCUGUGGAAGUUCGAGACUGUCAAGUUCUACAUCACCGUCAUUGAUGCCCCAGGUCAUCGUGAUUUCAUCAAGAACAUGAUCACUGGUACCUCUCAGGCUGAUUGCGCUGUCCUCAUGGUUGCAUCAGGAACUGGUGAGUUUGAGGCUGGUAUCUCCAAGAAUGGACAGACUCGUGAACAUGCUCUGCUCGCCUUCACCCUCGGUGUAAAACAACUCAUUGUUUGUGCCAACAAGAUGGACACCACUGAACCCCCCUUCAGUGAGGCAAGAUUCGGUGAGAUCACGAAGGAAGUAAGUGGCUUCCUCAAGAAGGUCGGUUACAACCCCAAGGCUGUCUGCUUCGUCCCCAUAUCAGGUUUCCAUGGAGACAACAUGAUUGAGCCAUCUGAGAGGAUGCCAUGGUACAAGGGAUGGGCAAUCGAGCGUAAAGAAGGAAAUGCUAACGGAAAGACGCUGUUUGAAGCCCUCGAUUCCAUUCUUCCCCCUAAGAGACCAACCGACAAGCCACUCCGUCUCCCCCUCCAGGAUGUCUACAAGAUCGGAGGUAUUGGAACGGUGCCCGUCGGUCGUGUUGAGACUGGUAUCCUGAAGCCUGGUACCGUAGCAACCUUCGCUCCAGCUAACCUCACCACUGAGGUCAAGUCUGUGGAGAUGCACCACGAAGCCCUCACUGAAGCUUUGCCAGGUGACAACGUUGGUUUCAACGUGAAGAACGUUUCCGUCAAAGAUAUCCGCCGUGGUAUGGUAGCUGGAGACAGCAAGAACGACGCCCCCAAGGCUGCCGAAACCUUCAAAGCUCAGGUCAUCAUCCUGAACCACCCUGGACAAAUCCACAACGGAUAUGCCCCAGUGUUGGAUUGCCACACUGCUCACAUCGCAUGUAAAUUCACAGAGAUCCACGAGAAGUGCGAUCGUCGUUCCGGCAAGACCCUUGAGGAGAACCCCAAGUUCGUCAAGUCUGGUGAUGCUGCCAUCGUUACCCUGACACCAUCCAAGCCGAUGUGUGUUGAAUCCUUUGCCGAGUAUCCCCCACUUGGUCGCUUUGCUGUGCGUGACAUGAAACAGACCGUAGCCGUCGGUGUCAUCAAGAGCGUCACUAAGAAGGAGGCAUCAGGAAAGACUACAAAGUCCGCACAGAAGGCACAGAAGAAGAAGUGAUGGCAGGUCCUCCUAGCCUCUGCCUGUAAGCCUGUUUUGAAGGCACGUAACAUACAACCAAAUACAAUGAAAACAAGCAUUGCCCCUGUCUAUGUUCUUAAAUGCCUAGCCAAUCAAAUUAUAAAAGUACAAGAUCCCCUGAAAGCAAGGGGUAAAGGAGAAAGUAGUAUAAAUCACAGGAAGUUCUUUCGCAGGAAAGCAAACUUUAAAAGCAUAAAGCAAGCACUCAAUUUGCAAUUCAUUUUUGUGUGUGGUUAAGCAGCACUUAAAAAAGUACUUUACAUACGAGAAAGUAUCUCGAGUCGGAUUAUUUUGGCCAAUUCCAUCAAAGAAACUUGUGAAGAUGAAAAAUGGUCUUAACUGUGCAGAGGGUGGGCUUGGAAACGAAAGUCACACUUGCUGAGUUCCGUUAAAUAAAAAAGGUCAAAGUCAAGAAAAGACGCAUCAUGUUAAAUAUUGGAUAAAAUAACUUAAAAUUGAUGUUAAUUGUGGCUGUACAGUGAAUGUACAUGUAUUUGUUAUAUUAAAUCGACCGACCAUGUUAUCAAUUUUCUUUUGAGGGUGAUGGGGGGUGAUGAAUUGUUCCACUCUGCAAUAGUGUCCCACACUCCAUUUUGCCUGAUAUGAAACGGAAAUAAAAUUGAUCUUUUGUUGGUUGUUUUUCACAACAAGACUUGAGAAACUUGGUUGGAUACAUAAAUUGAGUUGAUGUUUUUAAUGUGUUUGUUACUAUGGCGUCUUUUAAGACAAACAAAAUAUAUAAGUUGAUAUUUAAGAAACGAAAGUUAAAAACCAACUUGUACUUUCAUCUUUUUUUAUUUCUCAAAGAGCAAAUAAAACCGUCGUAUAAGUUAAUCCCUAAGCAGUGGUUGAUAUUUUAUUUGGACUGUUGGGUUUGGGAGCAUAACAAAUCAAGUCUAUAAAACGUAAGUGCAUUCAGUGACUUGGCGAUCAAUAAAAAAAAUAGGAAAAUA